AUGGAGCCCUCUGCCGCAGUAGAAUUGUUCAAUAAUGCACCUAAACAACAAGUUCAGUACUCUACCUACACUGGAGAUGAUGAUUCCACAACAGAGGCACAUAUUCGCCAAAAAGUAGAAUACAAAGUGGAAAAACUUAGCGACAUUGUACAUAUGAAAAGGUCCCUAACUACACGCCUAUAUAAUUUGAAGCAAAAUGCCAAAUUUCCAGAAAGUUCUACACUAUCAACAAAGGUCAUCAACUAUCUAGUGAGAUGUUUUUCAUAUGCCAUUACACAAAACAAAGGAAAUCCAAAUGAAAUAAAAAAAGCAGUUGAAAGUAUUGUUCCCCAUGCUUUUGGAAACCAUGCAGACUGUGAUAUCAGUUGGUGUGGAUACAAAGGUGACCUGACCAAUUACAAACAUAAGACUCUUCCAUAUGGUAAGGAUCUCUUUGGUGAAAACUUAAUGAAUGCACUAAAUAAUAUAUUCAAUGACUAUUGCACUGAGACUGUGGUAAACAAAAUAGCACCAUGCUCUAAUUCACAGAGAAAUGAGGCCCUAAACAGUGUUGUUGGAUCAAAAAAUCCAAAAAUUAGAUUUUACGGUGGAAGCGAGAGCAAUGACUUUAGAGUGGCCUGUGCUGUUGCCCAGAGAAACCUCAGGUAUUCCUAUGUUGACAAAUCAUUAGAAGCACUCAACAUUGAACCUGGCUUAUUUUGCAUGAAUUACAAUGCAAGGAUGAAUGCCAAAAUCUUACAACAAAAUGCCAGAAAAUCAACAAUAAAGUUUAAAAGACAACGAGCACAAAAGCACUUGAGCUGCAAUGCUGAAACUGCACGAAAAGAAGCAAAGGAGGGUACAACUUUUCAAACUGGUGUUGGAUUAAAUUUAGACAAAAACAACCCAAACUCGACUGGCCCAAAUUUGGCAAAUAUCAUACCAGAGAUAGAAAUUCCAGAUGUUAAAGCAAUCUCAGUGAAGGACUUCCAAACAAUAGAAAACACUGUACCUCCAUUUACUCCUCGACCAGAAGCAAAACAAGUCAAGUUUGAUGAAGCAAAUUAUUAUAAUUUUUUGGUGUUUGAUACAGAGACAAAUACCACUGGCAAAUCAGCAGAAAUAUGCCAGUUAUCAGUUUGUGACAUGGUUGGUUCAUACAUAUUUUCAGAAUACAUACUCCCAACACACAACAUUGACUUUUUUGCUUCACGAGUAAAUAAUCUGGAUAUACAAUUAAUCAAUGGCAAACGAGAAUUGUUCAAAAAUGGCAAGUUAGUACCUUCAAUACCUUUCAAUGAAGCCAUAACAAAACUCCAGAGUUAUAUCUCACAGUCAAUUGACCAGGCAAGAGCCACUACAAGCAAGCCAAUUGUCACUGUUCUUAUCGGACACAACAUUGCUACCUUCGAUACACCAAUACUUUUGCGAAAUGCUGGUGGAAACUUUGCAUAUAACUUAGAUUUGAUGAACGUUUGGUUUGCAGAUUCCUUGUCUUUGUUCAAAGAGCUAAUUAAAUGUCAAUUUCAACAAUUGAAGAAUGCAAAUGGUACGUUUCCCAAAGCUAAUCAAUCGUCCAUUUACGAAGCUGUGUUUCAAGAGUCAUUCAAUGCACACGACUCCUUAGAAGACGUCCUUGCUCUCAGAAAAAUUUUGUUUUCAUCCAAACUUGAACUGUCAACACCGACGAUAGUCAACUAUUCCCAGAUGAUAACCACACAACAUGCUGUUGAGGACAUGAAAUACCUGGAUCAUCGCCACGAAAAUAUCCAAACUUUUAACGCCAUCCAGUUCAAUUCGCGAACAAAUAUAAAUGGCAUCUUAAAGAAGAAUAUGGUGGAAAAAAUCGCUGGAUCUGGCUUGUCGUAUAAGGAUCUUAGCGACGUUCACAAUAAGUACGGACCAUGUGGACUCACUGCAAUUCUGUCGAAGUCACCUUCAAAUUCAUCUCUAUCAUCGCCUAGAGUCACUCGUAAUAGACGAAUUUUAGCGGCAAUUGUUAAUCACUUCGAAAAAAACAACAAAUCAUAG